AUGGAAGACGAGCCGAAAGUGCUUGAGGAAGAGCAAAGCAACUUUCCAAGCCAACAGGAGUCGAGCGAAGAAAUUUCCGAGACUGUUGUGGUGAAAAGGGCCAGAGGAAGACCCAAAGGUUCCAACCCUGGUUCCAAGAAAACUCUGAUUAGCACACCUGACGUAAACCUGAUGGAGCUCGUUUCGGGCAUUUCCAACAGCAGCCCAACUCUAGGCUUUGAGAACGAAGAUUAUACGCCCAAGAAGAGGGGGCGGCCAAAGGGCACCGGCACCAAGCGCGUGUCUGACAAUGGUACCGACAAGCCCAAAAGUGGGCGAGGGCGCCCCAAAGGAUCCGGCACCAAGCGCAAGGCAGAAAACGUCACGAGCGAAGACGAGAGCGAGGGCUCCUUUGUGAAGGCGCCGCGCAUUGAUGGCGAUAACUCUCCCAAUGGUAUCGCCGUCCCGCGCGGCAGAGGAAGACCGAGGAAGAGCAGCGCCGAGCGGCGCCCGCCGCCCUCUGCCGACGGCUCCAGGAGAGGCCGGGGCCGACCCAAAGGUUCCAUCAACAAGAAGCCGUCCGUGUCGUUGGCGAUCUUCCAAGCGAGCCGCCCGCGCAGAAAGCCGGUCGCGCCUUCACGGUUGGUCAUACGCCUCCCCGGGAAACGCAGCAAGCGGGGAAGACCUAGGAAGGUACCUCAAGGUAGGGGCCGGCCCAGGAAGUACCCUCUUCCGGAGGACUCCCCCAAAAAAACCUGGAAGCGCGUGGGGAGGCCUCGAAAAAAUCCUGUCACGGGGGAAGCCCUCGUCCGUCGGGGAAGAGGCCGCCCGCGCAAGUCGGACGUUGUCAAACGUCCUUACGACGGACCCCCGCGUAAAAGAGGCCGCCCCAGGAAGUACCCCUCCGGCACCCGGAAAGAUACGACCAAGCCCAAAGUGUGGAAGCCCCUCGGGAGGCCCAGGAAGUAUCCUCUAGUGGAACCCCCCGAGGGAGCACCCCCGCCGCCUCGUCGCACGCCCGGUCGGCCACGCAAGUCCCAGUCCAAGCGAGGCGCCCACCUACGCAACCCCGGCUCGUCGCCAUCGCCGGGACGCCCCAAGGUGACGCUGAACCCGGACGGCACGCCACGGAAAAGGGGUCGCCCCAAGAGCAUAGUCCGCAGCGAAGCUCAGCCGGACGACGCCCCCUACAACCAUUCCGACGCCGAUGCCACCACCCCGUUGGAGGAACGUGAGGACGGGGUGGAGGAGCAAGCCGACGACGCCCCCGUCUAUCAGAGGGAUGAGGAUGGCGACAUGGAACAAGAGGCCAUGGUCCAGGAGUGA